AUGUCCAACCAAGAUUCAUCCAUACCGUCGAAAUAUUUGACACAAUUGCCAAACACUACCAUCACUUCAACGAACAAUUAUACAUCAUCAACAAUGUCGGAUCUUUCGAUCCCUUCUUCCUCUUCGAUCCAUUCCUCCCCACCAUCGAGAAUGGGACGAAGUAUUAGUUAUGCAGGAAAUUUACAAAAUCAUGAUCGUGAUGACAACGAUGACAACCAUACCGAAGAGAAUUCACAAUCGUCAUCAUUGACGUGGACCACCAUUGAAUCAUCACCUCGGAAUCGAAGAAAAUCCAAUCAGGAUCGAUCUUCUCCAUCUUUGACACCAUUGCGGAAUGAUGAUUCAUCAUCGUCACCUCGGAGAGGAACGACCAAUUCAUCUUCCACAAAUUAUUCCCCAUCGCAUCAUCAUUAUCAAUACACUCAUGGAUCGACAUUUUCAACCAGAAGCAUGUCAUCUCCUGCAUUACUUUCGGAAUCGAGAGGAAGCAUGUCCUCACUUCGAUCACUUCAUAAUGAAUCGUUUGAAAUGAUUCCUCUCACGGUCUUGACCUUGUGGAAAUUAGAGGAUUAUAGUGUGACGAUGGCGACACCUCUUCAUGGAGGUACAUCUCCUGCAAAAGAAGUCAAUGAAACAAAUCCCUUUGACAGUGUUCGAACGAAUGAAUUUCAUACGUUUAUAGAAAGUGACACCACAUCGACAACAAGACGAAGACCAGAAAUGGUGAGAGGAGAUUCAUACAUGUUAAUGUGGUGUCCAUGGUUUAACAUGUACGAUAAUUUAUUUAUUGAAUUUUGGCUUGUCAAGUUGGAUGAAUCUGCUACUUCAAAUACCUCUUCGAGAAGUAAUACAAGUAGUAGUAGUAAUGACAAUUUCAGUCAUACUAGUUAUAAUUCAAAACAUGGAUGUUCUCCAUCCUCCUCCAUGUCACCAUCCGCGGAUGAUAAUAAUAAUUUUCGAAUACUUCCAGUUCGACAACAUGCAAAAGCUCUCUCAAAACAAGCGACUCAUGAACGAUUUUUCAGUGGAAAUAUUUGGGGAUAUUCAGUCGUAUUAAAUUCAUCUCUCGAUCAAAAAGAUGAAUCAAUUUUACCUCAAUAUUUAACCAAUGCAUUCCCCUCAGCGAGCACUCACUUUUUCGGAAAUGAUUUGGAAAAUUUAAUCAUUUGCUUUUUUGGAACUACCAAAAUUUUCAAAUUCAAGCUUAAUGUCAUGAAGGAGCUGCACAAAAAUCACAAGUCCAAAAUCAAAUCCGAAUAUGUGACCAAUGUAGAAUCCAUUGAUUUUGUGGAAGCUCUUGAUUACAAAUCCUUGCGUGUGCAUUAUGCAACCACUCCAUCAUCAGUCGCCACAACUCCAACCGACGUAUUUUUCGAUGUCGUGAACACAGUCGAAGAGGAAGAAGAAAUGAUCGACGAGUUGUAUCAGAGUCUAUUCGAUUCGAGUAGCAUCAUUUCGGACAAUGCCAAAAAAUCACUUCGUUUAAUGUCACGCAUUGAAAUGAUUCAUGACCACCUUCAAGGUUAUGGCUUUGUGAGAUGUGACAUUCAAAACAAUUGUCACUUGUACUCAUUGAAUAAGAAGAGACCUGACAGUUCAAUGCAAAGUCCAAUCUCUGCCAAUGAAAGUAUCAGUGAUGAUUCCUUUCUCGAAUUAGAAUCUCCUCGUAAUACUACAACCACUCUCUCAGUAUGUGAACGACGUGCAUUCAAAUUAGCUCACCAGUCACUGAGCUUGGUAUUUUUUCAGAGACAAAUAGCUCGAAAACAAUAUUUGAAUUUGAAAAGUCCAACCAGUGGACGAUUUGAAAUGAACUAUUCACCACACUCGAAAAAUACUCUAAAAAUUGGAUUUGAAAAAAUUGGACACAUUUUACCAUUUCACGUGGAUUCUGGAAAAUUGAACAUGAUGAAUCAUUCGAAUAUCAAAAUUUGUAAAUUUGAUGAGAAUUUGUUUCUAGUUUUGGAAAUUGAUGAAAAGAACAUGAAAAAGCAAUGGGAAAAUUAUCAACUUUUACGACAACAAGUAGAAUCUAUGACUGUCACGUCCAAUAAUGAGUCUUUGCCCACACCAAUCAUCAUGAUGGAGCAAAAUCUCUUGCUCGAUCAAGACAAGGAGUUUGAUGCGUUACAAUUUUUCAAAUUUUACAUUCUGGAUUUAUCCAAGUCGGAUGAUGUGAAAUUAUCCAGACUUUUCACAAGUUAUGAUGUGACACAACAAGCAAGUCAUGCGACCACCUCUCAAUUUUCCACUAUGAAAAUUCAUGAAGCUUUUCUGAAAAUUACUUCACCCAAAUCGAAACAAAUGCACUCUUCAACCUCAACGCUACACAAUACCUUAUUAUCUAACAGAAAUACCACGAGUGAAACAUAUUCACAUAAUUUACAUCAACCACACCAACUUCAACAGAAUAAUCUUCAAGUCCAUUUGCAACACAACAUGCUUCCAGUUUAUAGAAGUCAAAAAUCCAAAAAGAAGAGAUUUGAUUUCAUGUAUGAAAAACUUGUUUCUCACAUGAUUGUUUUUCGAGGAGACAUGCUUAAAAAUCCAUAUCAGUACACCAUUGCUCUCUUUUAUAACGUGAAAGGAGAUCGAUACUUCUUCUCCACACAACACGAUUUUAAUGGAAUUGGAGAAUGGACAAAAUUGAGAGGAAAAUGGUUUGAUUUUAUUCAUUUCACACAUGUCGGCUCGAGAUCGAAAACAUUAUUCGAUCAAGCGAAUUUAAUGUUGAACGUUGGUGUGAAACCAACAGAAGGAAAUGGUGGUGUGGUAUCAGGAUUGGGAUUUCCAGAUAUUUCUCUUCGUUUGAAAAGUAAAUGA